UCACCCCCUCUGCGCAUCAUACUUAUAACUCUCAGUGAUAACAUAUAACCGUAAUUUUAAAAACUUUCUUAUUCUUCUUAAAGAUGGAUGUUUAAGGUGCACUUUGGUGCAAUUACACGACUGGACAAGCGCAUGGUUUUAAAUGAUUUUCAAAAAACGGGGCUGAUUAAAUCUAAUUAUUACUGUACACAUCAACUGAUUCAAACAUAAGCUUUUGCAUAAGCUAACACCCUGCAAAUAAUCGAGAAAUGAUCUCAAUUCCUUAACUCUGUUACACGGAAAUUCUCUGGGGUCUGUCCAAUGUGAGACAUUUUCAUGUUUCUUUUUAUUUCCAAUAUGAACAUAGCAUUUUUCGUUGUCAAAUCAUAAACGAAUCGUAUAUAUGUGAGUAAUUGCAAUGUAUACCGGAUAUUCUAGGAUCUACAAAUCAUCCUAGAGUUCAGUUUAUUUGUUCUACUAUAUCAACCAAGACUGUAAUAUAAUGUCUGUAGUAUCGAAAUAUGUCCAAGCAGAUUCAAAGUGUCUGAUUGUACCUGACCUAUUGCAACGUAUACAAGAUGUUAUAGGUUCUGAAAUCAUAUUGGAGAUCAGAAUAUUUUUCUACUAAAUCACCCAAGACUAAUUGACUAUUUUGUUCGACAAUUUUCCACAGAGAUGGCGCUGUUCCGCUGGUAGGAAGUGAUUAAAAUCCCCAUAUAGAAAUUGAGAGAAGUGGGAAUAAUUCGCUUUCGGUGCAUAUUCAGGUCAAAAAAAGUGAACGACAACCUAAAGAAAUUUAUUAGAGAAUUUGCCGUUCAGUUUUUUCCCGGAAAUUAUAGUUAAUCAAGCUACAAUUAAUUAAAAAUGAUUUUUCCCCAUACAAUUUUACCCGCUUUACUACCAGUCUCCAGAGAGCCAAAAAAUUCAAAUUUGCCAUGCUGGAGGCGACUGUGUCUAUACAUUUUUCGGGUUGGAAAAUUUCUCUACUUCCUUGGGCAUAGGAUGGUACAGGCAUAUAAAGCUCUCAAUUAAAAUGUGAAAGUACUUCAAAGAUUACUAAGUUGAAAGCUGACAAAAAUCUAAUAUGCUAUAAGCCAAUAAGCUUGAAAUGCCAUGUAGUAGUAUACAAAUGGUAGUUUUAGGCAAUGAAAACAGUUUUUGUUGUCGCGGAUUAGUAUUUGAAGUCGUGGAUUUAUUUUGAGAAAUCGCGGAUUUCGCGGAUCAAAUUUAGAAAAUCUUGUAACAGCCCUGCAAUUAUUUAAACCACCUUUAAGUUAAAAUUAAAACCAUUAGGCUGCAUAGCCACCAGUCAUAUAAAAUAAUUAUAAUAGUUAUGGUGGUUGGUUGGUGGAUGGUUUUUUUAAUUGUAUGGUAUAUUUAUGAACAAUUCAUUACCUUUUGAUUGAAGGUUUCGAUUAUAUAUUGGAUACAUUAUCAUGUGUUCAGGAUGCAUAACAGGCUGUACAAAACAAGAUAAACUUGUGCCUUUAAAGUAUGAUAUUUAAUUUAAUAUUACCAAACCAAGCAGCUCAAUAUCUAUUCCACUAGUAGCUCAAUACAAGAUCAAUUUAUUAUAUGCUAUAAAGUUACACGAUGUGAAAUCUAUAUAAUAGAUUUUUAUUUUGUUAAUUAUUGUGGACUGAGUAUUUAUCUUCAAGAAAAGCAGUUUUAUAUUUUGGCAUCGGUUCCUGUUCCACAUUUUUUCCUUAUAUACCCUCGAUUCACAUAGUGAGUGUUGCAACUGUCAAUGUUAUUCUGUGGUAAAUUAUGUUCAAAAGUAAUGUUCUCAUCGCGUCUUCUUUGGCAAGAAUUCAACACCACCCGCGUUAUUCCGGUGCAAAACUCAUCACGUCCUGCUCAAGAAGAACCAAACGUCGAUAGUGUUACUGUGACACAUGAUGCAUUUCGUGAUUCUAAAAUUCCCUCGCCGUGUCCCACGCAAGAAGAAGUCAACGAUGGGAUCUUGGAUGAAAACGUUUGCGAUGGUGUCCAUGAUGAUAUGAUUAUUUCGCUGCGUUCGACUCAAGGAGAACCCAAUUUCGAUCGUGCUGACCGGGAGUUCAAGAAACGUUUUAUGGAAAACGAUUUCGGUUAUGCAUGUGACGUGUGUGCAAGAAUUUGGUUUAGGAAUGAUCUGAAGCCAAUAACUACUGCCGAUGCUACCGUUUUGCUGGUGACGAACUAUUUUGAAACUGUGGAAGGAUUCUUAGCAUGUCUAACUUGCCGAAGCAGCCUGAAACGUGGAUCGAUUCCUACUUUAUCGCAAACGAACGGCUUUACAUAUCCCAACUUUCCGUCAAAUCUGCCUCCACUAGAUCCGUUGACCACGAGACUGGUUUCACCGAGAGUCAAUUUCAUGCAACUUCGCCGUUUGCGUCAUGCAGCAGGUUUGUAGAAUGACGUUUAGUUAAUCUUUCAUUGAUAAACUCAAUUUAUUUUUGUGAAACAGGUAGUUUGAAGAUUAUUGGCCAGAUAAUCAAUGUUCCAGUGGAUGUGAACCAGAUGGUGAGUGAGCUUCCCCGUCAGCUGGAUGAUGAUUAUGCGUUCAAUGUGUGUAUCAAGAAACACAUGAUCCAUAAGUCUAGUUAUCUGUCCGGAUACGUAAAGAAAGGAACAGUUAAGGCAUGGCUGAACUUCCUUGUCAACACACCGUUGUACAGACGAAACGGCAUUGUUUUCAACGAAGAUAAUUUGACGUCUAUCGGACCAGCACAGCAACCUGCUACAUCCCCGGUUGUGAGAGCUUCGAUUGAACUAGAGGCAAUUGACGCGUCGAACGAGGUUGAGCUGCUCAUUGGCCAACAGCAUACGCUUUUGUGGAAUGAGGACAAGUGUCUCGAAAUCGCGCCGGGACAAAAUCGAACACCGCUAUCCAUCAUUUACGAUGAGUUUGCUGAGGAGUUGUCUUUCCCAGAUAUUUACCUGGGUCAUCCAAGAACCUUCAAUCCUGAAGUUCACGUAACACCAUUUAUGAUGGCUACCAGCGAAAUAAGACGCCGUGAUCGACGAGGGGCAAAACCCGACCAUGUUCUGUACAUGGCGAUGAAGAUAAUGCGUUUGCGAGUUUCUGAAGGUUUGAGAAACACUUUCAAAUGCAUGGGUACAGCCAAUAUUACGCGAGCCCAGUUGCAAGAUAGAGAAUUUCUGGAGACAUGCAUCGAGCGUAACCUGUCGUUCCUUAAAUCCAUCCCUAACUCGAUGCAGUACUGGCAGCAAAGAAAACGUGAUGUUUUUGCAAUGAUCCGUCAGUUGGGGAAGCCAACUAUGUUUCUCACAUUAAGCGCAAGUGAAAUUCGAUGGCCACAUUUGCUAGCCAUACUGCACAAACUAUCGGGAAGGUGCAAUAAUGCUGGUGUUGUAGAUUUCAUGCAACAAUUAACUGCAUUACAACGGGCUACGCUUGUAAGCGAAGAUCCUGUAACAUGCUGCGCAUACUUCCAUAAAUUGGUCAAUGUGAUUAUACAGCUGCUUUCGUCUACAAGAUACAGCCCGUUUGGGAAAUACUAUGUUGUUGAUUACUUUAAACGCAUAGAGUUCCAACAUCGCGGAAGUCCCCACGCUCACAUUCUUCUCUGGUUGGCUAACGAUCCUCGUGAAGACAUGUCGGAGAAUAUGCCUGCGACUGUUGAUCUGAUCGAUUUCCUCUGCUCCGUUAGUGUUGAAGACUUACCUGAGACUUAUGGCAAUCAGGUUCAUAAGCAUACGUUUACUUGCUUCAAACGUAAUGAUAAGCGAUGCCGGUUCAAUAUACCAUACUGGCCGAUGGAUCAGACUAGAAUAUUAAUCCCAAUUGCGGCAGGUGAUGGCCGCCUCGACCAGUUGAGCAGACUAGCUAUCAAAAUGCGAGAAACUCUUGAAUCAAAGGUUUUCGAAAACCUAGAAGCGUUCCUUGUGGAAUGCAACUGCACUUACGAGUAUUACCUCGAUGUGAUCCGUUCAUCCAUUCGCCGACCCACAGUUAUGCUGAAACGUUUAAUGACGCAACUCUGGACCAAUCCUUUCAACCCUUGGAUCGCGAAGAUCCUCCGCUCCAACAUGGAUUUGCAGUUUAUCUUAGAAGAGUUCUCAUGUGCUGCUUAUGUCGUAGAAUAUGUGAAUAAAACGAACAGGGGCAUAAGCAGUUUACACCGUGAACUAAUAAAACUUCAAGAAGAGCAUCCAGACCAGGACUAUAAUGGAUUGCUGAAGAAGGUCAGCAUUAAAAUGCUUAACAGCGUUGAAAUGUCUGCCCAGGAAGCUGCAUGGUAUUUGCUUCGGCAACCGAUGUCGGAAGCUAGCCGUAAGGUGGAAUUCAUUCCAACAAUGUGGCCACAUGAGCGCAUUAAAUCCAGGAAACGGACGAAGCAAAUGGAUGAAGAAGGACUUGAAGAUGAUUCCACCGAUGUUUGGACCCUCAACAUGAUUCAACGAUAUGAGUCGCGUGUAGGGAUGGACGAAGUAUGUUUGGCGGAUUUUGCUGCACACUAUACGGAGGAAAGGAGCACGAUGAAUUUGUACAAGCCGCGAAGCUUACCUCGUGUAUUGCGUUGGUGCUCAUUCAACAUGUCGGAACUGGUCGAGUACAAACGGGAGAUGAAAUAA